GGUAAAGAAGAACAGUAAAAACCCGCGCGCGCAGAGUUUUGUAAACAAGUCGUAUUUUGCACUUAUACAAUGGCGCGGCAAGUCGGCCAAGUUGACCAUGAUCAUGACAGUGAUACGUACGUGGUUUCGGAGGGUUUAUCUGUGGUUGACAGCAGCAGCAAAGUAGAAGAUGAUGGAGGAGGAGACGCGCCUGCUGUUUUUCUGUGCGGAAAAUGCAGGCUGCCUUUCGGCGACUCGCUCUCAUGGGCCGGGAGCGACGACGAGCAGAAUCAGAUCCUGUUAAAGCGUGCUAAUGCCAACAUUGUGAUUGGCAAAGAAACUUUUGUCUGUGGAAAAACUGAUGAAGUAAAAUGCCUUGCUGUGAAUCUCACCUGUCGUGGUUGCAGCUUCAAACUAGGACACAUGUACACAUCCACUCCAAAGUCCCUGGACUACAAAAGGUCCAUUUUCUGCCUCAUGGUUGAAAAUAUUGAGAGUUAUGUUUUAGAUUCUCCUGACCAGCAGGUGGCAGCAGUGGGCAAAGAAAGGCCUGUGACAGUGGAGUAUGUGGACAACGUUGAGCAACAGAUGACCAAGAUAAAAUCUCUCGCAGUGACAAUAGGAAAGCGGCUGUUGGAGAUCGAGGUUGAUCUCCAGUGCAAGUCUGGGGCGACUUAACACUUAGCCGGUUCUUUCCACAAGGCUUUGCUACGGUAUACCAUGUUGUUGGUUGUGCCCAAAUCUAUUAUUUGUUAAAAAUCUGGAAAGUCACCUGACAUUACUGUCAAACUAAUAAUACACACCAAAUUAUGUUAUUUGCUGCUGUUGUAUAUCUCACUGCUUUCUGUAUUCUUUUCAGGAUGUUUCAGAAGUUCAUUUUGUAAUCCUUUGUAUCAUGUUAUAUUAAAAAAAAAAAAAAAGUG